AUAAUCAUCGUAAAAAUGCAAGUUUAUAAAAAUAUCACUAAACUAUUGCUGUCGCCAUAUUCUAUAUUUAAAUCGGCACCAGCAGUUGGAGUAAAAUCAUUUAAACCACUACCUAAAAUGGAUGUCGAAUAUCCUGAACGUAAAAGGCUUAAAGUUAUAUUAAAAGUACCUCAGUAUCCAGCUUCUGUAAGACCUUUCAAAAUGCAGAAAAAAUUGAGAUUAAUGCGUGGUCCGGAAUUAUAUCAUAAUACCCUUUUACAUAAACAAUAUGGUAUAAUAGCGACUGGUGGUGGUAGAAUGAAAUAUAAUCACUUUGAAAUGAUCCGUAUGACAAUUUUAAGAAAUAUAGAUUAUAAUAAAGUGUUUGCAAUAUGGAGAGUGCCUAGCCCUUGGCAACCAAUAACUAAGAAGAGUCAUGGAUCACGAAUGGGUUCUGGUAAAGGAAGUAUAGAUCAUUACGCUACUCCGGUAAAAGCGAAACAAGUUAUUAUAGAAGUUGGAGGAAACAUUGAAUAUUUCGAGGUUAAAAAUAUCUUAAAAAAUAUUGCGAAAAGGCUGCCAUUUGACGCUAUGGCAGUUAAUCAAGAAAUUAUGGAUAAAAUGGAAGCGAAAAAGAAAAAAAUGGAAGAAGAAAAUCAAAACCCAUGGACUUGGAAAUACAUAAUUCAAAAUAAUAUGCUCGGUUGCAAUAAUUGGAUUUCGAAAUACGACAGAAAAUGGUUUAAUGAAUAUAUUUAAUUUAAAAAUGUAUAAAUAAAUGUAUGAAUAUUUAAUUAUAUGAAAAAUAAAUAAAUGUUCUUAAUAU